AUGGCAGCAAACUUUACUAUUUCCAGCGACAGCGAGUCAGAACCCUCUGAGGAGGUAGAGGAAGGAGAAAACAGUCAAUCAUCAAUGGGGCACGAGCAGCAGGUUCUUCAACGCCACGCCCUCACCCUACCUGAGCUCAGAAUGGCAGGGACCGGUCGAAUCAGACUCAACUCAGAGUCCCAGGCCUCCACUGUCUCCAGAGACGAGGACCUUCAAGUUAGGGGGGAAGAUGAGGCUGGUACGCCUACUGAUGGAGCUCCAUUCAGGGGCCGGUCUAGAUCAGCUCCCCCCGCAUUGUGGGCAGCCAAGAAAUAUGGCCGGCAGCUCCGAAGGAUGAGUGACGAGUUUGACAGCUUGCUCGAUAAAGGGGAAAUGAAGAAGGCGAAGAAUGCUGGAACGGCCAAACAGAUGCACCACUCUAGAAGCUGGUGGAGCUACCUCUUUAGUCACCAGGAGACGGAGGGAGAGAACAACCUUCAUGAGAACCACACGCACCGCACUGAGUAGGCACUGUGAGAAGAAGUAGGAGUGCUACAGGGUUAUCAGAAUGGAGGAGUCGACGGGGAUGUGAAGAAAGCACUGGGGAAGCCAAGAGAACAAUUGUGAUGAAAACAACAAGACCUGCUCUCAGAAGGGAUGGAGUAAAGGUUGGUUUGAUCAAAAAAAAAAAAAAAGAGAGAAAAAACAAUCCAAACAA